AUGUUAUGCGACGAGAGAGAUCAGUCGAUGACCACCCUCGUCGCAGUGGUCGAGCGCUGGAACGACACACACCUGCGAUGGAACCCGGCCGAUUAUGAUGGCAUUAAGGAGACCGUUAUCCUUUACGAAUCUGCUUGGGUUCCGGAUAUCAUCCUCUACAAUAGCGCAACCGAGGCAUACACGAAGGGGAUCGUGACAACGAACCUCGUCGUGGAAUAUACGGGGGAAGUUAUGCUAGAGAUGGUGGCACACUUCCGCUCCUCUUGCAAUUUGGACGCCAGGGGUUAUCCCUUCGACAAGCAGACCUGCACAAUGCUCUUCAUGUCCCUCACUCAGGACCAAGACAAGAUCCAGAUGAGAGUACCGAAUGACCGUGGAGCUGAGCUUGUUGCGUACAAAGAGAACGCAGAAUUCAAGUUGGAGGUAAUCACUGUCACGCAUUUGAACUACUCAGAUCCUUGCUGCGUCCUUCCCUUCUCUGCUGUGGAGUACUCCAUCACCAUCUCCAGAAGGGCCAUGUUCUUCCUCGUCAUCAACCACGUCCUCCCGAUGGUCGUCGUCAAUGUCAUCGCCCUGCUGGCGUUCCUGGUACCAUGCGAAAGCGGGGAGAAAGUGACGCUCGGGAUAUCCACUAUGCUCAACAUGAUCAUCUUCCUGACUAGCAUUCGCGACCUCCUUCCGCCCACCGAAGAGAUUCCGCUUAUAGGGAAGUUCCACUGCGUGUGUAUCUGCUUGGUCGGAUUGGAGGUGGGCCUGAGCAUCUUCACGCUUUAUCUUCAUCAUCUGGAGGGCGUCCCUUUCCCCCAGAGCAUGCGGAACCUGUGCCACAUUUUGUCUAGAUCGCCCCUCAUGAGAAAGCCGCAAUUCGACGAGGUUGGAAACGGAAAGGAGAACGAAAAGAAGAAGAGCAAAGAGAUGGAAGAAGUUAAGGAGGCUUGGGCUGAACGAUCCUCCUCUCCGCUUUUCUUUGACGAUCUGGUUGAAACUCCCAAGGAACAGUCCAAAGACGCUAGCCACCGAAAAGACUGCCCUGUGUAUGACAGAGCGGGAGACAGGGACCCCGUCCAGCAAGGACUAGCAGCAGAAGUGGGAGCGGAAGGAGAUGAGGAUGGUUCGGGCACAACCGGAUUUCCAAGCCCACCUGGAGAAUUGGAGAAUCGCCUCCAAGAUCCUGGAUCGAUUCUUUCUCUGCCUCUUCAUAGUCCUCAACGUUGCUAUUUCCAUUGGAAUCUUGGCAUAUUCUGA